AUGAAGGCCACCACUGUACGUACUCACUCAUCACCAUCCUCCAUCACCAUUCAUCUCCAUCACUAUCAGCCAUACGCCUUCAACAUCGGUCAUCGUCUUUCACACUCGCUGACCAUCACACAGUUGUUCGGCAUCUCCACUACCAUCACUGGAGCUCUCGCCGUCUCUGGCAACUCUUCGGUCACCCCUUCGAUCACCCACCCAGUCAAGGUCUCGACCACCAGCCCGCAUGAUUUCGACGAGUGCACCAGCACCCCCUGUACUGAAGGCACUCCAAGCCGUUCAGAAUUGGCCAAGCAAAUCAACGCUGCCGCUCAUGGUCUUGACCAGUUCUACGUCAGCAUCGGCGACACUACAGCCUGUCACAACUCAACCUUCAGCUCGGAGAGACGCUUGUUCUUCAACAGCUGCUAUCCCCACGAAGACGGCAUCCUCAGUGCCCGUGGCAGACACGUCCGUAGCCCCAUCACCAAGAAUAUGGAGGACACUUGCGUUCUCGCUACAUUCCUGGACUUUGACUGCACUGUCGAGGGCAACAUCGUCGCCGAGCUUGAGUCUGAUGACUCUGACGACGAUCACUCCUGGGACGAGAGCGGCUCCUUCUGCCUGUUCGACCAUCACGUCACUGAUCUCAUUCAGGCCGAGGAAAUCGAAUUCUCAUCGCUCAAGUGGACUUGUGGGCCCAACAUCGAUCUGGACUGGAACAACCCUCUCAACAUCACCGUCUACUACCCAAGCCAUUCUGACACCACUGACGACUCUGGCGAAAACGACCAGUUGAUCUCCGCCAGAUCUGUCGAUGCUGUUCGCGACCACGUCCGCGUCUUCCCUGCCGAUGGCACCAACUGCAACAACGCUCUGGACCGUGACUCCGACAGACAGGUGUACAACGACUGCCACCCCUUCGCAAAGCCUUUCUUCUCCAUCAGAGCUCAGAUCACUCAUGGCAAGGGCAAAUCCAAGCUCGACGGUUCUCAGCCAUGCUCUGUUCUUGUCUUCAGCGAUGAGAAAUGCCACAAGAACGGUGCCGAAGUCAUUCAUCUCGACAACACUCUCGAGCUUGGCGUCUGCCACGAAGUCUCUCUUCACCACAAGGGCGACAACACUGCCAUCGCCGGUCACUCGUGGAAGUGGGUCUGUGGUCAGGACAUCGACAACUGCAUCAACCCUGGUUACGACUCCGAGACUGAGUCCAACACCGGCAAGGCCAUCAAGUCCACCGUCAAGACUGUCACUGCCACUUCCACUGCCAGUUUGGCCUGCUCUCUCACCACCGAGGCUGCCCAUUCGACCAGCGUCAUCGCUAGCGUUGUCACCAUGAAGCCUGUCACUCACACCAUCACCAGCGUCUUCACCAAGACGCAGCUUCGCGUUCACACCAAGCUCCUCACCAGCAUUGCCACUGACGUCUCCACCAUGCGUCACACCGUCACCAAGCCGUUCAGCACCACUUACAAGGUCUGUGAUGCCGUGGCAACUUCUCGUUCUUGA